CAAUGGAGCCAGUAAACAAGUGUGACUCUCAUUUCCUGACUAGUAAAAAUGAGUCUCAUGGGACUAAAGGACUGUAAAGCCCUUCUGGGCCAAAAACCUACUUACCAUCACCACAGCCUGACUCUCUUUCCAUCCAACUUUUCCUACCAACAACCCAGAUGAAACUAAGAAACUAAGGCCCAAAAAGGAUAUGCAAUAUACCCAAAUUCCCACAAAAAGUAUCUGAGGUGAAAUGUUGAACAUGUGUCAGGCUUAAUAGUCUCAAGCAGAGGCAAUAGGAGUGCAUCCAGCUGUUCACCUCUCUUCCUUAGGAGAUGACGCAAAGUGCUAUAGUUGGAUCUUGGCACAACACUGGUUUCUAUGGCCACUACAGAGGCCAAUUCAAGUACGAACUUGCUCAGGAUUACCGACUGGCAGCCAAACCCCAGCCUCCAGCAGUUUUUCUACAAAGAAUGAAGGAACCAGCAGGCUUACACUUAUUCUCUAAACAUGACAAUCGUGGUGUCUUUGACCCCGGUUUAGGGAGACGCAAAUCUUGGCAGAAGUUCAGAAGCAAACGCAGCGCUUACACUUGGCCUACUGGUGAUGAAUCCAAGCACCCCCUUGUUUCCAGUUACCAGAAGGAUUACAUGAAAGAGCCAGUAAGCUUGGAUGUUCCACUUCCUCAGCCACUAGUCCAUUAUAAUCUGAAUGGAGACUCAGAGUACCUGGAUGCAAACCGAUUACCUAGCACCACCUACCAGCAUAACUUCUGUCAUCAUAUUUUAAACCAUUUGGCAGAGAUGAAGUUUAAAAAGGAGGAUUGUGAGACCAAGGAAAAAUUAAGGACUUCCUCUUCCCCUGCCCCAAUUGCUCUCCCUGAAGCUUUGCCAGACCAACUUGGCACAGUGACUCGUAAGAAAACACCAUCCUGCCUGCGCCUCACUGUCUCUGACUGUUUACAGUGGUUGGACCCAUUAAAGAAAACAUGUUAGCCCUCAA